AAAAAGUUUUGACAGUUGACAACAGCUGUCCAAACGUUGAACUUUGUCUUUUGUUUGAAAAUCUCGUACAACGGCGAUUUUUACGAAAUUUCGCUAAUACAGGACGAAAAUAAGAAACACAAUCAUGAAUUUCAUAAAAUCCUCCAGUCCUGACCUAGGAGAUGCCAAGGAAAUCGGUGAUUUCAACAGGUGUUCAAUCGAAGAUACGCCGGGUUGGACGCCUGUAAAGCCUAGAUUGGGAAGAUUUGUGGAUGUUUACUCACCGGAACAUCUUAAUUUGACACCUAGAAAUAAGCCUAAAUUUGAUAUACAUGAACUGAGGAAUGAAAGCCCUUGCCAAUAUACACCUGAAAAAUAUCCAGAAAUUGAUUACAGGUGCAGGACGGUCAAACCACAGCCACGCUUGCGCGAUGUAUUUAGAAACAGCUCAUUUGAAGGUAACCAAAGCUUCCCACGCUUGAACCGUAGAGUUCGGCCCAUCAAGAUGGAGCUAGAAACACCGACUAAAACCAAAACAGCCAUUGACUUUGUCAGAGUUGACGGCCCAAAUGGACUCCGAUUCAACACAUCACUGGCAACUGGUGAAGUUACUGGCUCCCCAGCACAGUCGCAAACUGACCGCAUCCAGCAAGCCAUCAACCCAAGCAAGGCUGUCUUCACUAUUGAACCGAACUCUUCUAAAAUUCUAAUUGUAAAUAACAAAGCAUGUUCCUUGCUGGGAUAUUCCUCCGGAGAGUUAUGCGGUCUCAGGUUUUCUGAUCUCCUUCACAAACGGAGCUGCAAGAUCUUCAGUCUGCAUGAGCCUGAAGAUGGAGACGUAUCUGAAGACCGGACUAUUGUAUUGCUGAGUGGAAAGGUUGUGGAAUUGCUGUCAAAAGAUGGCGGAACAGUGCAAGUCUCGCUGUGGAUCAGACAGCUGGACAACGACGGCCCCUGCUUGGUGGUCGCCGAGCCCGUCAGCUGUAAAAAUGUACUGUUCACGAUAGACGCCGACACGGGCGUGAUUCUGUCAUGUUCGAGCGAAGACGCCGCUCUGUUGUUCCAAGCGGAUACCACAGACAAGUUGAUUGGUCUUCCCAUAGCGUCUCUGGUGCCGUCCAUUCAGCUGCCUACGGCUGAUGCACCGAUGACCAGGAGUGUAUCAAAACAGAAGGCGACGGGAAGAACAUUAGACGGAGGCACUUUCCCGCUAUGUCUGUGGAUAUCGAAAGCCGAUAUUGCCGAGAACUCUCCGUGGUCAUCAAUAAAAUCAUACAAAGACAGACCUAUUCUUGAAGUUACUGUUAGGGUCACAUACAACGUCAGCGGCUUGCUAGUAGUCGACGAAAGCGGCAUAAUAACCGCUUGCAAUCACCACUUCGCGAUGCUCACCUUCGGCAAACCACACGCAGAAGUGGUGGGCCACCACAUCGAUGACGUCAUCCAACACUUCUGCCGCGAGGCUGACAUGGUCAAAGUUCCAGAUCGGGCGCGACAGAUGACGUUGUCGCCAGUCAACAAUGACAACAAUGGAUCAGCGUCAGACACUGACGAGGAUUCCUGCGGAGCAUUCAACGGCAGCCAGAAGUCCGCCUGCAUGUCUCUCAACGUCCAGCCUUCUGUCCUCUCUACAACCAGGGAGAAGUCUUCCAGCGCCCUCUGUCUGGACAAGUCCUGUAGCUUGGUCACGCAUACGCCCACACCUACUCAGGAUAUGGUAUCAAGUAUUAGCACCACGGAACAGAGAAACGAUAUAUCGGCGCUGCCGGAUGUUACUUCAGGCAUGUCUGGAAUAUCAAUCGACGACGAGAAUUACUGCCCCAGCAGCAUCUCAAAAUCGCGGUCCGAAAACAUACUAAGGUCUGAACACAGCAAUCCAGCCAUAAAACUGGUUUCAAACAAGCCUUCGGAGAAAUCCGACUCUAUCUACUACACGUCACAGCAUUCCCAAGAAGUGACGCCCACAGGAAACGCGCCGCGAGUUAGACUGAACGACCCGUCUUUAAGGCUGUCUUUUGAUUCCAGCAAGUAUAGGUCGCUAAAGGCGAAUUUGCCGGGGCAAGUGAGAGACGACAAGAGCAGUCUUUCGCUGGAUUUCUGUGACUCUAACGAGACUAGUGCGGACUUUUUGACGCCAAUAAACGAAAUGCCACCGCCAGGGUGUGAGAUUGAAGAUUUGCCGAAACAUAAUGGCAACGAAAGCAUCGAUAGCUUAAGCAAUGACAAUGAUUUGGAAACGCAGACCGAGUCAGCGCCGAGGAAGAAAUAUGAUGAUGACGCGCCCGAAACGCCGUGCGUGGCGAAACGACUCCUGCGCAGUCACGUGACCACUUCGACGCCGCAACACGUGCGCGCGAGUAAAACUGACCACUGCGACUGCACUACUGAGUGCCAGCACCGGGAUGGCACGUAUAGAGGCGUGGUGCUGCAUAAAGAUGGGACUGAACUUAACGUGCUAUAUACGGUGUCGACGAUGCAACUUGCCAACGGCAGCCGCGUGCGCUGCGUGUGGCUGGGAGUGCAGUUGGAAGACGCGCCGCGCCACACCACGCUUGCUUCCAGCGUGGCCUCCACCGCCGACAACUCGCUGAUACUCGGCAACAAGUCGGCAAGCAGCCGGCCGGCGUCCAUGUCUCUGAUGUCGCAGUGUGGCGAAGAACAAGUGGCCGGCGAGUAUUGCAAACACUACGUCACGCUCAAGCAGAUUGGCAAAGGCGCAUACGGCUGCGUCAAAAUGGCGUACCGUCGAUCCGACCGCCUACUCACGGUAGCCAAGUUUAUCCUGAAAGAGAAGGUGGGCGCCCAAUUCUGGGUCGACGGGCCGGAUGGGAGACGCGUGCCUUUGGAGCUGAGCUUGCUGAUGACUUUAAAGCAUCCUAAUAUUGUGAGCGUGGUAGACGUAUUCGAGAACGACAAGUACUACCAAAUGGUGAUGGAGAAACACGGCGCGGGUAUGGACUUAUUCGAGUUCAUCGAGCGGCGCCCGCGCCUCGACGAGCCUCUGCUCAGCUACAUCUUUAGACAGAUAGUACAAGCAGUAGAGUACCUGCACUCCCUAAAUAUCCUCCACCGUGACAUAAAGGACGAGAACAUAAUCAUAGACAACAAAUUCCACGUGAAGCUAAUAGACUUCGGAUCGGCGACGUUUAUGAGCAAGGACACGCUGUUUUCUACUUUCUACGGCACCACAGAGUAUUGCAGCCCUGAAGUACUGGCUGGUAACAAAUACGCCGGGCCGGAGCUUGAGAUGUGGUCAAUGGGGAUAACGCUUUAUGUGCUGACAUUCUUCGUUAACCCGUUCUCCGACAUUGAGGACACCAUACAGGGUCCAUUGGCGUUCCCGCAGGUCGUGUCAGAUGAGCUAGAACAGUUACUUCGCUGGAUGCUGUGCAAAGAACCGGCGGCGCGCUGCACGGUGCAGCAGCUGAUGGCGCACGCCUGGAUUCGCCAGCCCGUCGCCAUCGCCAACUACGUAUUCCACGAGAUUGUGGACUGCGAUCGCCAUGAAGCAAACCCAGAAAUGUAUUACAGCGGCAGUCUAGGUUCACCGAGAAGUGGUUCUCCCGUCUCACUCGCCGACCCUCCGAAAGAACGUUCAAACCCGUCUGAGGUGGUAGUCAGAUCAGACGGUAAGAACUUGUCCAGGGACGAGCCCAAACGAAACUCGAUGGCGCUCCACGCGUUGUCCACUGCUGACAGAGACGCGCAGUCGGAUAACUACAGUCUGAGGUCUUCUGCAGAUAUCUUGGACAUAUCCUCAAAGCCGGUGUCAGAUGCCGCGUUGACAGACAUCAGCUCAGACGCGACGGGACAUGCAGCGUGUGACAUCGACUAUGACUGCGACCACUACGAGUGUGACAGCUGGGACGAGUGCGAGCAGGACAGCUUCUCGUGAGCGCUAUAGCGAGACAGCAGGAGGUAUGAAAGAGAAUGCUGAAACAGGUGGCGCUGGGGUAUAAGAUAAGAUUCUGUCUGUCAUUUUUGCCAAUGUGAAAAAGGUUUAUUUUGGUUUGUGAUUUCUCUUAUGACAACAAAAUAUUAAAUCUCAAAAAAUUAUAUUUUUUAAGUUUUGGUUUUGAAACUUGUAUACCAAAGAGUAAGUGAGACAGUUAUUGUGUUUUCAAUGUUUCACUCAUUGCGUAUCCGCCUAUAUGUUUCUGUUCAUCAUCUGUCUAUUUUUCAUUUCUAUGAAUAAAAAGAGUUAUGCAAUUAUUUUAAAAAGCUGCUACAUAAAACCUAUAGACAAUUCGGAAACGCUAUCCCACGUUUCCGAAUCAAUGGAGUCGUAUUUGUUUCCUACUUAUUGUUGUAGAUAACAGUAUCAGAUAUUGAUUAAAUUCUCGAGUCUAGCAUAAAUUGGUUCUUAUUCAUCGCAAGCUUAAAUCUAGUCUUGAGUUUGUGUCGAAGUUUAAGCGACUCUGAAAACGAGCUAAAAUUAGUUUAAGCUAUAGCGAAACUCUAUAAAUCUCAAUGUUUGAUAAGUACUGAUCUAAUAUAGUUAUUACAACGCUUUGUAUGUAUAAAUUAAAGCUCGGUCUCCGAGCACGUAGAAUUUCGUCCAAUGAAAUUAUGUUGCUGUCGCGCUCGCACACUCACUGCGGCCGCCCGUCGCACAAUCGCGACAGCAAUAUAAUUACACGCGAGCGAUAAGGAUGGGUAGCUUGGGGUCAUUGGACGAAAUUCUACGUGCUCGGCGACCGGACUAUAUUCAAUAUCACUCUUAUUUUUAUUAUACAAAAACAUUUAUGAUGGUGUAGGUUAAAUAAGCUUAUUUUCAUUUUGAAAUUCAAUAUGGUAUCUAGUUAAGGAAGCAAAAUUCACAUUUAAAGAUAAAAAUCACUUGCCAAAUUGCACUUAUAGACGUAGCUGAAUGUUCCUUUAGAAUUAAAUAAUAAGCUUAUAGUUUAUUUAAUAUUAUGAAAAAUAAGGGUACUUACAUAUUUUUUCGAUUAUUGGUAGCUGUUUUGGCUAAGUAACAGUAUUAUUUUUGUAUAAAACCAUUCCUUUUGAACUUAAUUAUUAUUCAUUAUUAAAUUAACAUUCUUACAUGUGUAUUAAAUAAUUGACCAAAAUUAGAAGAACUGCAUAGAAGGUAAAUUAACAAGUCUUUUGAACGCGUGAAGUAGUUUUUAUAUGUAGGUCUGUAGUGUUUAUAUGGGUGGCACACAAUGUUAAGUCAGUAUCAAAGUUUUUUAAAUAUAAAUUAUCGUAUUUAAGUAUUGCCAUUUUAUAAUAGUUCCAUAAGCAUGUGUAGACAUUUUAAAUUAUACGAAUGGCAUUAAUUGAAUUGAUUACAUAAUUAAUAAACACGUAUUUUUAUAUUGCAAUAUUUACUUUGUCACGUGCUUUUAUAAGAUUUUGCACACCAAUGUGAUGUGAAGUGUCGUGUCUCGUUAGUAUUAAGUAUUUUCGUACUGCAAUUUUCGCCUGAAACCACAAGUUAAAGUUUGUUUUAAGGCUAGUUACAUUGUUUUAAACAUACAAAUAAUUGUCUAAAGCUUGCUAUUUUGUCUUAAUAUGUAGUACAUUUAAUGGCGUGUUGAUUACAUUCCGAGCCUGUACUGUUUGAGCGUAUGAAUCUUAAAUCUCGUGGUAUAAAAUGUGUGUAACUUUGGAUUUGAAUUCAUAAAUACCUACUUAUCCAAAUCAACAAAGAUUAUUCAAAAAUGAAUAGACAACAUAUUAAUGAGAGAUACUCUUGGGAACAAGAUGUGACUAUGUAAAAUAUUGAAGUUUUCUCUGGCUAUGCAUUGUAAUUUGCGUCAGCUUCUGUUUCUGUACGUACUGUACGUUUUGGACGUUGAUCGAAACACAAUUACACGGUCAUACGUGUAAUAUUCGUUUACUUGGUUACUUUUUAUGCUAUUAAUAUAAGAUGGAUUAAAAAAAAUUAACUAAAAAAUUAUUACAAAUAUUGAUUGAUCUUCGUUCAAAAAGUGCGGAUUGUUCAUCCAGUAUAUACAAUAUUUCCUAACUAAACAAUUUUAAUGUAUAAAAUGUGAUAAAUCUAUUCUUAUUAACUAAUCUCAAAAUACCUAUAAGAUAAAUUCUAAAGGGAAUGUAACGUGAAAUUUUAUAUCGAUUCGUUAUCCUGUAAUGAAAAUAUUAUCGAAAUAAAAUUUUACUUUGUUAUUCUUUUCUGACUCUUAUGACUUAAAUGCAGAUAAAUCAGUAUUUAUGACAAUACAUCAAAAAAUCUCUUAUGAAUAAUGCUAAUACGUCAUAAUUUUUAUAAUAAUCUAGCGAUUCCUAAAAGAACCAAAUUCUUAUUUUUUUGUAUAGUUUUAACCAUUGUAAAUAUCAUGAAGUAAAUUCUUACAUAUCUAUAUUGGGUUCAAUCAAAUUAUUAAAACUAAUGAAUAUUAUGAUAAUUACUUGAGUGAAAAGCAGUAGUAACAUUAUAAUUUUAACCGACUUAAAAAAAGGAGAAGGUUAUUGUAAUUGAGCAAUAGAGAGUGACGAAUUUUUAUUUCAUACCCAAACAAAUUUUGUUUCUGUUUUUCGAAAAACCAAGUAUUCUUGAGCUAUUAUUAUUAAUUGAAUCGACUGUAUUUUGUUUAUUGUUAACCUAAUCUUAAUUUUGCGUUUUUAUAGUUUUGUUUUUAUUUGACGUUGUGUCUUUGACGAUCUUCAAAUGUUUUAUAUCGGAGUAAUGCCAAAAUGUAAUGUAUUGACUGCUUUAAACUCGAGUAAAAUACAUACUUUGUUGGUAAUCAGUAUAGAAAAUAGGAUUCUAUUUUUGUAGUGUUCUUAGAAGACCAAAAUUAAUGUCCUAACUAUACCCUUUACCCUACUAUAAAUUCGUACUAUUAUUUUGUCAUUUUAUGAUCUCUAGUUGGGCAAUUCGUGGAUAGAUUUGAUGUUAAUUUUGUCCGAGAGUUUUCAUUGAUCGUCGUAGUUUUGAGUGCUAGUGCGUCCGUUUUUCGACUAGUGCCUUACGAACGGACGGCGGGUUUCGUUGCUCGUAGGACGCGCUCUGACCAUUAAUCGUAAAUAAACGACACUUACCUA